GCAUUCGUAAAUUUAUUUCUGUCCAACGAGUGUUUCAGAGUUAUAAAAUAUGAGGAAUGGUUAAGUCAGUAAUAUAUAGGUUAAAGAUGAAUGUUUUAAAGUGAUUCUCUUGCUUGGAAAUACUAAAAAAUGGAUAACGUUGCAGAGUGUUUAACUCUUGAUUUUGGCCCUUUCGAAACUGUUCAUCGCUGGCAACGUAUGCCAGAAUGCGACGAAUUCGUUGGCGCCAGGCGUAGCAAACAUACUGUUGUAGCAUACAGAGAUGCAAUCUAUGUAUUUGGUGGGGAUAAUGGUAAAAGAAUGUUGAAUGAUUCAUUGAGAUUUGAUGUGAAAGAAAAGUCCUGGGGACGUGCACUUGCAACAGGAGCACCUCCAGCUCCACGGUAUCAUCAUUCUGCAGUUGUACAUGAUUCUUCUAUGUUUGUAUUUGGUGGUUACACUGGUGACAUACAUUCCAAUUCGAAUCUCACCAAUAAGAAUGAUCUAUUUGAAUACCGAUUCCAAACUGGUCAAUGGACAGAAUGGAAAUUUAUUGGAAAAACCCCAGUAGCUAGGUCUGCGCAUGGAGCUGCUGUAUUUGAUAAUAAGUUAUGGAUAUUUGCUGGCUAUGAUGGUAAUGCAAGAUUAAAUGAUAUGUGGACAAUAUCAUUACUACCUGGAGAACCAAGAGUAUGGGAGGAGGUUGUUCAGUCUGGUGAUCGUCCACCAACAUGUUGUAAUUUUCCUGUUGCAGUAGCACGUGAAUCUAUGUUUGUUUUUAGUGGCCAAAGUGGAGCUAAAAUCACAAAUAGUCUUUUCCAAUUUCACUUUCGCGAAAAGCGAUGGACACGAAUUUCAACGGAGCAUAUACUUCGUGGUGCACCACCUCCGCCAGCGCGACGGUAUGGUCACACAAUGGUCAGCUUUGAUAGACAUCUUUACGUGUUUGGUGGUGCAGCUGAUUCUACACUACCUAAUGAUCUCCACUGUUAUGAUCUUGAUACACAAACAUGGAAUAUUAUUUUACCAUCUGCUGAUAGUCAAAUUCCUUCUGGUCGCCUGUUUCAUGAUGCAGCAGUAAUCGGGGGGGCGAUGUUUAUUUUUGGUGGAACAGUUGACAAUAAUGUACGCUCUGGAGAGACAUAUCGAUUUCAGUUUUCAUCCUAUCCAACAUGUACCUUGCACGACGAUUUCGGGAGAUUGUUGAAGGGACGACUUUUCUGUGAUGUAGAAUUUAUAGUAGGGGAUACGAAAACGAAAAUACCUGCUCACAUAUCCAUGGUAGCUGCUCGUUCCCAAUUUCUUAGGACUCGCAUUAGACAAGCACGAGAAGAACGAGAUAAACGUUUGGAAAAAGUCUUUGGAACUGUGCAUGUACCAAUUAAAGAUAUGCCGUUGUUAGAGGUAAGCCUGAAGGAUGCUGAACCAGAAGCAUUUGAAAUGGUCCUAAACUACAUUUACACCGAUCGUAUCGAUCCAACUAAAAGAAACGAGGAUGGAUCUAGCAGUCGCGUUGAAGAUCUAUUAAGCAAUCGAAUUGUGCUCCUUAUGAUGGAUGUCUAUCGUUUAGCUUUGCAAUUCAACAUGAAACGAUUGGAGCAGUUGUGCGUGCAAUAUUUAAAAGCGACCAUAAGUCAUGCUAAUGUUUUGGAAGCAUUGCACAAUGCCGCCCACUUAAAACUAUAUUUUAUAAAGGAUUUUUGUUUAAGCUUUAUUGUAAAAGAAAUCAAUUAUAAUCAGAUUGUGAUGAGUAAAGAAUUUGAGACCUUAGAUCAGCCUCUAAUGGUGGAAAUUAUUAGGAAAAGACAAAUGCCUCAAAGAGGUGCAUUCUCUAGACAAUGUGACCUAAGUACAGGGACGACUUUGGAACAGGAUAUGGAGGCAUUUCUUAAAAGUGUUGGCAGAGAAUUCUGUGAUAUUAGGCUUAUGUUAGAUGGCGUGCCAAUUCCGGCUCAUAAAGCCAUUCUUGCGGCACGUUGUAGUUAUUUCGAAGGAAUGUUUCGCUCUUUUAUGCCAAAAAAUAAUACAGUGAAUAUACAAAUCGGGGAAAUGAUUCCAUCUUCCGAGUCAUUCGAUUCUUUAUUAAGGUACAUUUAUUAUGCAGACGUUUCAAUGCCACCCGAGGACUCUUUGUAUUUAUUUACUGCACCAGUUUUUUAUGGCUUCACAAAUAAUCGACUGCAAGCGUUUUGCAAGCAAAACCUCGAGAUGAAUGUCACCUUUGAGAAUGUCAUACAGAUCUUAGAAGCUGCGGAUAGAAUGCAAGCUGUUGACAUGAAGAAAUAUGCGUUAAAUCUUAUCGUGCAUCAUUUUACAAAGGUCGCAAGGCUUCCGAGGUUAAAACAAUUAAGUCGUGAACUUUUAUUGGAUAUUUUGGAGGCAUUGGCUGACGAACGCAGCGAAGCACGAACAUGUCAAGACAUGGCAAACGAUUGCUGACGGAUCUCGAGCUCGCACCGCCGUCCGUGUAGCUGGGACUUGCCUUCGCCCUCGAGCUUUCAUCCGGGGACAUUUCAAGACUACGAACCGGUGACAACGUCUGCGCAAAAUCGCAAUUGUACGUUCACGAACGGCACGUGAGCUCGUCAGACGAGAGUGUAUAGUACUUUUGCCUAACAUCGUUAACAUUGUAUAAAAGAACAACGAUCGACCAGUGUUAUAAAUAUGUAUAUUAAACGUUUCGCGAUGUAAUCUCGUAGGACAGUUGGAAGUCCGAUGGCUUCGGUACGCCAUGCUUGUUGUAAUCGUCCAGCUG